AUGCCAAAGGUCAAAGGAAAAUCGAAGACCACCCGGCUUCUUGCGCGGUUCUCUACCAUUGCCGGAGAGUUGGGCUAUCCGGACACCGUCCGAGAUGCGAAGGGAGCAGCCUUCAAGUUCUACACCGAAGAAGGCAACUUGGACUGGGUCUUCCUUAAUCCCGAGGUUUUCAAUUUGAGGGAUCCCGCGAAGUUCGCUUCUCUAGUACAUGCUAAAAAGCGUGACCCGGCCACAAAUCUGUUGGAUGCGAAUAUGUUAUGGGACUUUUUGAGUAGCCACCCGGAAACUUUCAACGCAUUGAUGAGAAACUACACGGAUGAAGGAACGCCCAAGUCUUAUUCCAGACUUGUCAUUUCCAGCGUCAACACCUACACGUUCACCAAGCGCAAGAGCCCAACUGAGUGGGAUCACCAUUUGGUCAGGAUCAAGCUAGUUCCGGCAACCCCCAUCGACCCCGACAAGGAUUGGUUCACUUAUGACGAGGCCACGACGAUGGCCGGAAAGGAUCCUGACUAUCUGACCCGUCGUCUGUACGAUGAGAUUCAGCGAGGUCAAUUCCCGACGUGGAAGGUUUCUGCACAAAUCCUCGACCCAGCCAAAACUUCUGUGGACGUUUUGGACGCCACGAAGGUGGUCCCGGCGUCUGAUUGCCCAUGGAUCGAAUUCGGCCAGCUCAAGCUCAACGAACUUCCGCAGAACUACUUCACUCAGGUGGAGCAGGCAGCGUUCACUCCGGCAAACAUCGUCCCUGGUUGGGAUAUUUCUCCUGAUCCGAUCCUCCAAAUCCGCCUACUCUCAUACGGAGAUUCGCAGCGAUACCGCUUGGGUGCUAAUCAUGACCAGCUGCCGCCGAACCGAGCUUGUUCGUAUGUUUACGAUCCCACUAGGCGUAAUGGCGCUCAUAGUUUGACCAACUACGCGAAUGCACCCAACUAUAUCGGGAGCAGCGGGCGCGAUCUGAAGAAACCGGAUCACUACAACAUAAGUUUCUUGAAAUGGCAGGGCAAUAUCAGCAGGUACCUCAGCAAAGUGGAAGACGUUGAUUACAAGCAAUGCCGAGAGCAUUGGGACACCCUCAGCGGACCCCAACAGUCGCGUUUCAUCAGUAACGUGGCUUCCUCGGUAGCGCCUGCUUCUUUGCCAGUUCGGAUAGCAACUAUCGCCGUCUUUACCAAAAUCUGGCAGGCCAAAGGACACGAAACGCCUCCAGGCCCAUCUCCUGAAAAAUUGACCGAGGACCUUAAGGACAGAAUUAACGAGAGACUGGAGAACAACAAGUCCAAGGGAAGCAGACUGGGCAUUGUCCCGGGAGGAGAAGGUUCUGAUGAUCUCAGCUAUAUCCCACCUACUUUCCCGGAUCCGUCAACUCGACCAGUUCCCGAUAUCUAUGAGCGUGUGUAA